AUGUCCGGCGAAUCUAGCGGCUCGUCCGCUCCCUCCGCCUUAGGGGUACCAACAAAUGCGAGUGGCAUCCAUAGCACCAAUAGCUUGAGACAUGAUCAAGCAACAACAGAAUCCGAAAGCAAGGCUACUCUAACCGCGAAUCUGGCCCAAAAUGAGCCCCUACAACGGAGGCAUAGACCGAGGAGCUCGGGAGGGUUCCUGCUACAGACAACCCCUGCUCCUGCUUCGGAAACAAGACGCUCCUCGUAUACGGAACCAGAUACUACUAGAGAUGUGAAAGGGAAGCGGAAGGCUGAGGAAGGGGACUUAGUCGUGCCUAAGCGUGCAAGCGCUCAUCAGAGACACCGCCAGAAACCUUCUUUGGGAAGCUCACCGCUAGCUACGGAGGUCAUCAACGUCCAUUCAUCGGAUCAUACAGAUAAAAAUGGAGCUUUCCAGAGAGACAAGCGGUUUUCAGUACAAUCGGCUGCUAGGCAAAGCAUGCGCUCAAGUCUCAAUAGCAAUGGUACAUCUGCCGGGUCUGCCACUAGCACGGAUCCAGUAUUGCUAUCAAAUGGGAGAAGCGCCAUUGGCCAUGAUACAGACCCUGCCCAGAUCGUCACCCUGGCGUUGAACCUCAGCGAAAGUCGUCGCAGGAACUUCAGCAGUGGUGGCCUACUCAUACCUCGAGAUGCAAUUGGAGCCCGGCGUAUCAUAUCUUCGGGACAGCAAACGCUCGGGCUACCUAACAGCGCAAGCGGAGGAAGUCUACGCCAACAUUUGCAACAGCAGAGACAGGUGUCAAGGAAUAUAUCGCCAAAAUCAGGCAGAUCUUCCAGCAACAAAGGGUCUGGAUCCGGUUCACCACACUCCCAGAAAGAACAGGUUGGGAACAGGCACUCUACACUAUUGCCAGAUUAUGACGCUGGGGUGGCCGAUGAUGUCGUCUUCGAUGCGUCCGAUGCUACACUCUCACGCGCGAACAAGGCAAGAGUCGCGAUAGAAUUGAUGUAUGAGUACAGAAGGCUACUGCAGUAUCUUCCUCCAAUACCGACAAACUCUAAGAGCAAACCAGCAACGAGCAAAGGUGCUGCAAAGCACGAAGGUGAGCCGUCGACUGGCCUUGGAAGACUCUACAAUCCAUUGCAGUAUAUCCGCAACAGAAAAGUUCGAUUUCGUGAAAGACGACCUCUGGAUGCUGAAGCAGCUGGGUGGAAAGACCUCGACCGAGUAAGGAUCUGGGUAGAUACAGUUGCAAGUGAGCGAGAAGACGGCGUCUCUCGUAUCGACCAACGCUUCCCCUUGCCAUCCCUGGACACAAUUAGUGGCGAGUAUCCUGUGGCCGAUGGCUUACAGAUUUCGCGCGUUCCACUUCCGGCAGGCUCUCAAAUCAGAAAAGUCGAAAGACCGCGUAUGGAUUGGGAAUUUACUUCAUGGGACUUGCUUGCGGACGCGCAAUGGCUCACCCAGGAUGACAAUCUCGAUCACAUAGAAGAUCGUUCGGGCAAGAAGAUUACGACAGGUCACCCAAAUCGUAAAGACAAUACGCCGAGAGCAAGUGUCGAGUCGAACAGAAGCUCAUUGCGACGCUCCGAGAGUAUUGUCAGAGAACAUGCAUCUCCCGAUAGGGUUCGAGCAUUGGCCGGUCACUCCCGUAAGGAUUCCAAGGACCGAGGACGUCGAAGCUUAGACGUGCACGAGCAAAGAUCACCGGUGUCGGAAGACAAUGGUUCUCGGGAUCGUAAGUCCAGAUGGCCAAAGAAGCUCGUUCGAUCUCGAAGCUCCUCAGACUCGGACGAUUCUCACCGGGAGAGCCGCCGCAAACAAAAUCGUGGCCGUGAUUAUGCUGGUAGCCGUGAUAAUCUUGAGAGUGCCGCGUUGGAGAAGCAGAUGAUGGAAAUGCUUGCUAAGGAGGUGGAAGCUAGCCGUCAAGUUGACCAGAGCCCGGAAGAAGACACAGAUGCGACGGGGGAGCCUGAUCUGAAGCCUCAUGAUGGCGGGAUGAGGGACAGAUAUAGGCAUCGAGACGCCAAACGUCGUCCAAGUGCUCCCCAACGAAUGACAACCGAUGUGCCCGUUAUAGAAAAGCGUCGAUUUGCAGCCAGGGCAAGUCUCGACGAAGACCGAUUUCAUUAUCAUCGCAUGCCCUCAGAUGACCUCGAUCCGACAGCGCCUAACUCUCCUACGGCACCUGGAUUCGUUCCUAGCAUCUCAAUCAACCUAUCUCCGCCGGCAAGCCCACCAUCGGCGGUAGCCUCGCCUAAGAAAACGUUGACAUCUCGAAUGGGAUCUUCCCGGCGCGAUCGCUCUCGAAGCGUCAAUAGGCGAACUAUUGGAGAGAACGAUCCAGACUCAAGUGGGACGACCGAUGUGUCGCGGCAGACUACUAACGAAACUCAACUGGCGAACAUGUUACGCAAGGAGCAACCAACGGGAUCAAGCAAUGGAUUACUCACCCCAAUCAAGACUGAAGCUGCAGGCAUUAAAUACAGGCCUCUAGAUGGCAAUUCCAUUAGAAGCAUCAAGAACAUCAAUGGAUCCGACUCUAGGCUCCGAGGACUUUUCAAAGGCGGCAGGAUUGCAGAGCUGGUAGGCAGCGAGGUCUCUAAAGUUGGCGAUAUGUUAUGGAGAAAAGACAACAAUCAUGCUUCUCGGGUCGCUUCUCCAGCAUCAAGCUACGCAGCAUCGGAGGAAUCGGACAUGGACGAUGGUGACACGAGUGGAUUAGACAGUAGUCCAAAGAAUGACCUAUCUCGGACCACAACAAAAGAUGGAGGAAGCCUGUCAAAAGUGUCUACAAACAGCGACAAACCUAGAUACUACAUGAGCAAUCUUCCAAGCUUUCGAUCGUCAUUCAACAGAGAUGAGCAGUCCGCUAAAUCGACCAAGGCUUCUCCGGAUCACGAUCACAUCACCCGUCAGCAGUUAGCACAACGUGAAAGAGGAAGGUCAAGCAGAUUUGAUCGUCUUGCGCCGCCGAAAAUUGAUCUGAGGGGGAUAUCGCCCCCUUCUUCUCGAGAACCCUCUCCAGUCGGGUCGCGGACACGACGAACAUAUGAUGAAGACUCUCGCCAAAGCAGUAGUAGCCGCUCAGAACGUGGAGUACGCAGUGCAGACAGAAGGCUCAACGCAAUGCUAAGUAUUCCUGGCAAAGCAGGGACUGGACGAGCUCCGCCCACUGGUCUCGCAAGUUUAGAGAGUAGGCCACGAGAAUUGAGAGGACGCCCGGACUUGGAAGGCAAACGACAAUGGAGCAUUUCCGAUCGAGGCGUCUCUACCGUACGCGGGACUGUCAAUAAGCGCGAUAUUGCUCGAGUCAGAGCUUUGCUGCUCUCGUCAGGAGUGAAAGCCAACGAAAUAUCCCGCCGAGCGGAGGAGGCCCCCGAAAAACCCGCACCCUUCCUUCAAAGGCUUGAGGGCAUGUUCAAGGGUCCCAUACCACACGUCUCUCGGUCACAGGAGCCUUUACUCGCUGCAAGGAUAGUGAUCAGCAAUAUUGAGGUAAAUACCCAGAGAUUGAGGGAUGAUGCUGAGCAAUUUUCUCACACCACGAUUGAGAAAUUGCAUGACCAGAUCAAUGCUAUCGACGAGCAUGUAACCCAUAAGCUCACACCCCUCGUGAGAAAUUCCGCGGAUGAUGCAGACGCCUUCAGCACAGAGCUUACAACUACACAUACCUUGGCCAUCAAGCAGCUGAACGAUAGCAUAAACACUGUCCUAAGGCGACGCCGCCGGAGGUUGAGAUACCUGAGAAGGAUAGGAUGGGCGACGGUCGAAUGGACUCUACUAGGCAUCAUGUGGAUGGUCUGGCUAGUGGUGGUAAUUGUUCGGCUUGUCCGUGGCACCCUCGCCGGUUUGGUAGAGGGGUUGAGGCAAGUGGUCCGAAGGCCGAUUGGCCCAAGAUCUAGGACUCAAUGGCCCGGAACGCGUCUGAACCAGAUCAUUCUCCAGAGGUCCUUUGCGAAUAGAGGAAAGAUAGACACAAACACAAAGCCUAGCAUACACGAUUCCGACGCUAUCGUUCUUCCUGGAACACAGAGCACCACUGCGACCAAACCUCAACCUCCUCCACCUGGGCCUGUACUAUCCGCCUCACCUGCGCAACCUUCACCGCCUACACCUACCUCUGACGCUUCGGUACCACCUCAAAAUGUCCCUCUUAUGCCUCCAACCCCGCCUGGAGGCAAGACUCAGACAGCACCACCUACCUCAGUGCCUCCGGGGACCGGUGCAGCUCCCAUCCCUCCAACUACUCCACCAUCGGACAAGCCUGCUGCGGCAAUUCCACCUCCUCCACCUCCACCUCCACCUCCACCCAGGCGAAGGUCUCGAUGGAUUCGAAAUACCGUUUCGUUCCUGAUCCUGGCAAGUGCUCUGGGUUUCGCAGGCGGGACCUUCUAUUCUUUACGCUCAGACAACUUUCAUGACUUCUUCACCGAGUACAUCCCAUUCGGAGAAGACGCGGUGCUCUAUUUUGAAGAAAGAGAAUUCCGCAGACGGUUCCCAAAACUCACGAAUCCUACCAAUCGUCCAUUCCCCGACUCUGGCAAUAAGAUCACGAUACCGAGCAAAAGUGGGGUAUCCUGGAAAGUUGCUGGUGAGGAACAUCAGGGAGCCGAUUUGCAGACGAAAGGCCGCCAUAUGAGCGCUUUGGAUGCGAAUCAAGGUGAGGUCAAGAUAGGGGUUGCCGGACAGACACCCUCUACUGCUACAGGACCUGAGAAGAACAAGGCAGUUGAAAAGGCGAAGAAUGAUGCCGGACCGGCUCCGAAGACUCCUCCUCCAAGUGAAAAGCCGAAAGCCGAAAAAGCUCCUCCCAAAGCGCCACCGCCAACCACAGAACCAAAGCCGCCCGCGCCUGUUCCGCCUCCUCCAAAACCUUCAGAAAGCUCUAAAGAUGCAUCCAAAAGACCACCAGAGGUAAAUGAGCCUAGCAGGUUCAUGCCGAUGGAGAGUAUCGAUCCACUUAAGAUCAAAAACGCCGAUGAGCCCAUAGUGCAGGAUCUAGUGAAGAUCAUCAACGAUAUCAUCACCGUAGUAAAUGCCGACGGUGCCUCACACAAAUACAAUUCCACGAUUGGCAAAGCAAAAACGGCUCUUGCAAGUGUUGGUGGUCGUAUAAUGUCUCUAAAGGAAGCCGUCAGGAAGUCUGCAGAAGAGAAAAUCAGAUCCACCCAAACGGAGUUUGACACUGCAGCCAAAGAGCUCGUACGCCGCCUCGAAGAGGAAAUGAGGGAUCAAGACGGCAAAUGGAAAGACGAAUUCGAAUCGGAGCGGGAAAAAAUAGUCCAAUCCUACCAAGAGCGUCUGCAUAAUGAAAGCCAACGAGCUCAACAACUUUCCGAGCAGCGCCUCCGCAAUGAACUCCUCCAGCAAGCUGUUGCCAUGAAAAAGCAAUUUAUCAACGAAGUCACCGAUCGCGUUGAAACCGAACGGAACGGUCGCCUCUCCAAACUAUCUGACCUCUCAUCUAGCGUAACCGAGCUCGAAAAGCUGACCGCGGACUGGAAUUCGGUCAUUGAUGCGAACCUCAAGACCCAACACUUGCAAGUCGCCGUCGAAGCCGUGCGCUCUAGUCUUGAGACCGCUGAUCGUCCUCGCCCGUUCGUUCGUGAGCUUGCCGCCCUUAAAGAAAUCGCCUCCGAUGACGCCGUCGUUAACGCAGCCAUCGCUUCCAUAAACCCAACAGCCUACCAACGCGGGGUUCCAACCACCGCCCAACUCAUCGACCGUUUCCGCCGCGUCGCCGCCGAAGUCCGGAAAGCAUCUCUCCUACCUGAGGAUGCCGGCGUGGCUAGCCAUGCAGCUAGUUUCGUGCUGAGUAAAUUCAUGUUCAAAAAGACGGGUAUGACGGUCGGCGAUGACGUAGAAAGUAUCCUUACGAGAACGGAAACGCUGCUGGAAGAGGGAAAUCUAGAUGAGGCGGCUAGAGAGAUGAAUACGCUGGAUGGAUGGGCGAAGACGCUGAGCUGGGACUGGUUGAGUGAGUGUAGGAGGGUGCUGGAGGUGAGGCAGGCGAUGGAUGUGAUUUCUACCGAGGCAAGGUUAGAGGGGUUGAAGGUUGAUUAG